AAAAAGUACAAUACCUUCAACAAGGAGCUUGGUCAAAUGGGAGCUGGACUCAAGUCUAUCGAGGAGCUGAAUGCAGAUCCUCACACUAAAACUCUUGUUGAUCAAGCACUAGCUCAACUUCUUUGGCAAUUCCCCUGGUGGUCUGACCUUCAUGGAUGGUGGAGGACAAACCCAGCAUAUAAUAUAGCAUUCUUGACUGUGGAUCUUGGUCAAGAUUUUGCAAGUGAAGCACUUGAUUUUUUUACAGAGACCCCCAAGUCUGGG